AUGGUUGUUAUGGUCAUUCUAACUUUAAUUGGAUUAUCGGUCCCUAUAAUCGUUUCUUCUCUCUCAAACACAGAAGAGUCUAAAAGCUUACGAUUGCGUCGAGAGUGGAGGACACUCACCAAAACAGAGAAAGAAUUGUAUAUAGAUGCAGCAGUCUGUUUGACACAGACACCGUCGCGAAGGGACCCUCGGGUCACUAUUCACGAUGAUUUUUCCUAUCUACAUGGUCGCAUUGGGAACUACUCGCACAACGCGGCUCCUUUCCUCCCCUGGCAUCGCUACUUCAUUCAUUCAUACGAAAAGGCAUUGAAAGACCACUGCGGCUUCAAGGGGACCCUACCAUAUUGGGACUGGUCGAAAGAUUAUAAAAACGUCCUGGAAUCCCCGAUAUGGGAUAUUGAUCCCGGGUUUGGUCCGAACGGCGAUAUGACAGGCCCAGAGGGUGUUUCACAUGGACAUUGCGUCAGAAAUGGUUCCUUUGCCAAAUGGACUCCAGCUUACUACCAGGGAGAUUACCGGCCACAUUGCCUUUCUCGUGGCUUCUUUGAAAAGGCCGAGGCAGAAGAGAGAAGCAGGACGACAGUCAAGCCUGAAAUCUUGGAGGCAGUCAUUGCCAAAGAGACUGAUUUCUUUAGAUUCACAAUGAAUAUCGAGGAUGUGUCUCAUAUAACAGUCCCCUAUCUUGUUCAUGGCGAUUUCCGGAGAAUCACGGCAUCAAAUGAUCGCCUUUGGUGGAGUUGGCAAAAAUACUCGGGAAAUCGAUUCUUGCAGUAUAAUGGGCCAGCUAGAUAUGACACCAAUGAGGAAGCAAGUCUCACUGAUUUGCUCGAUUAUGGUGGUAUCCUGCCUUUUGACCCCAGUGUAGGUGAUCUGAUGGACACGGAAGGAGAUCUUCUACGUUAUCGUUAUGAUACAGGCGCGAUUGGGGACCAUUGA